UUGGCGUGGGUGGGUAUGGGGUCGUGGGAGCCUCUCUGUGGCCGCGGUUCUGGUUCUGCGGUCUCUGUUGGGCGUCGCUUUCUGCUGCUUCUGCCCGGAUAGGGCGAGGCUUUCUAAGGCCAUUAGUCCCGGAGCGCUUUGUCCCGAGGUCCCUGUCGCGACUUGAAGAAGACCACCCCCUACCCUCCAGAUGGCGUCCGCGCUCUCUACUACCGCGGCCCAGGGAUCAAUGCUGUUUGAGGAUCUGGCUGUGUAUUUUUCUCAAGAGGAGUGUGUGAGUCUGCACCCUGCCCAGAGGUCCCUCAGCAAAGGUAUCACACAGGAGUGUUUCGGUGAUGUGGCCUGGCUAGGAGAGGAAGACAAGACUGAGAUUAAUCAGCAGUUAAGUCUAGAAUCUAUAGAGCUUGAAGAACUUGCCCUAGAAAAGUACUCCACUGCUGUGCCCCUUAUCUAUUAUUCAGAAGAAUCCUCUGAAGAUGAAGUUGGAAGCCCUGGAGGGAAAAUAUCAGGUGGAACUUCCACUUGUGAAAAAAGAUUCAUAAGCCUUCUAGUUACCAUUGAAAACCAUACUCCGUUAGUAGAACUUUCUCAGUGUUUAGGAACCAGAGCACUUUCUGAAAUUCUUGAGUUUCCCUCGGAAGAAGCUGAAAAUGUACAUAAGUCUCCUGAAUGUGACCAAAGCUUCAGUGAUAACUCAUACCUUGUUUUGCACCCGAAAAUUCAUUCAGCAGAAAAAGAGUAUAAAUGUGGUGACUGUGGGAAAAUCUUCAGUCAUAGAGCCAACCUGAGGAUACACAGGAGAAUCCACACCAGGGAAAAGCCGCAUAAAUGUGCCAAGUGCAGCACCAGCUUCCAUCAGCACUCACAUUUGUCUUGGCACAUGAGCGUCCAUGUAAAGGAGAAACCCUAUACGUGUGGGAUAUGUGGUAAAGGUUUUAUGUGGUUCCCAGGAUUGCAACAGCACCAGAAAACCCACACUGCAGAAACAGCCUAUGAAUAUGCUGACUAUGAGAAACAUUUUGGUCAGAAAACAAAUCUUCCUUUCCAUGAGAAAACGCACACGUUGGCAACACACCACCAGCAUACUCAGAGUGUGAAGAGCUUCGGGCAGCCCUCAAGCCUUGCCCCCUCACAAGAGGAAGAGAAGGAAGAGGACUCUGAACGAUUCAGUGAUUAUGGGGAAAAUUUACUGUCAUUCUCGAAAUGUAAACCCUUAAAAUGUCCUGAGUGUGAGGCAACCUUUCAUUGUUUCUCUGACCUUAUUUCCCAUCAGAAGGUUCAUAUGAGGGAAAAGCCCCAUACAUGCAAAACAUGUGCAAAACCUUUUAUUUUGGAAUCAGAACUGGCAUGCCACCAGAAAAGCCACACAGGAGAGAAACCCUUAAAAUGUACCGUGUGUGAGAAAUGUUUCAGGUUGGAAAUGCGUCUCAUUAUUCAUCAGCAAACCCACAUGAAAAGUACCAUGUAAAUAAUAACAAAAUUUUCAUAACGCUUGUGCUUUUCAGUAUCUUUUUGGUGGGAAACCACUACCCUUUAUGUGCCAGGCACUGUGCUACGCACUUUACACUUAUUUCAUGUACUGUAUCAUUUGAUUCUCACCGCGUCCCCGAUUUAGGCAGUAUUAUUUCUGUUUUAUUACUGAAAAAACAGUGAAUCCAGGAUUCUGUCUCGGUCACUGUUCAAAUUCUGUUUUUAUGAACUUUUUUUAACUCAGUUUUCUUUAAAAUGAAGGUUAUUGUUAGAGUUCUUUUAAUUUUGUUUACAUGUUUAAUAAGGUUUGCAAGGGGGAGAAUUUAUUUUUAUAUGUUUUAUACUUUUUUUGCUAUAACUAUUUAAAUGAAAUAUCUGUAUAAAAUUAGUAUUGUUUUACAUGUGAGUUUCUAGAGAAUUUUAGAAGCUUUUUUUCCCCUGUAAAAAAUUCCCAAACGAGUGAACUAGUUAGUUUCUUGAUGGUUGUUAAUAUCCAUGGAAUUCCCAUUUUCAGAUCUGAUGCCAACAGCAAGUACUGGCCUUUGUGAUUCGGGUGUUUGCGAGGUGUUUUGGCAGUCCAACGACAGACUUCUGGUGCUUGGAUCAGGGGAAAGCUAUUUAGAGGUGGUGGUAGGGCCUGCUUUUGUCUAAGAUGACCCUUAUGAGGUAAUUUGCCUCCAAAUCUCUACCAAAGCAUAUUACAUAUCUUGCUACAAAUAAUAGUAACUAUCGUUUAGUGAAAGGAGCUCUGGUGGCACAAUGGUUAAAGCGCUCGGCUGAAUUGAAUGUCCCGGGUGCUGGCUACUGCACUGAGCUGUUAACACUGGUUAGAGGCAGGAAGGUAGUGUUGGUGAGUGAGGAGAACUGAAGCCGACAGCCCUAACUCAGCUUGCCCACUCCAUGCUCCUCUUUUGACACUGUUGUCUUGUUCCUUGUUCGCAGACACACAGUUGAGACCAUGUGCCCUGUAUGUCUAGGUCAGAUUUGCAUCUUUGUUUCUGGUGUCUCUGCUCUUAGGAUAAAGGACACCAGUUAGCUGGGACUUCAGGAUCUUGAAUAAAAAAGUGAGCUUGUCUUCAAUUUUUUUUUCAGCAGGUUCUCUUGGUCUGAGAGGCUUAAAACAGUGUAGAAAGCUAGAGUCUCUAGUUAAUUUUCUUAUAAGCCAACUCUGCGGUAUAAUAAUCCUUGUUAAACAUCAAUAAGAGCACUACCUCCCCGCGUUCCUGCUUCUGUCCAGAAUGGGAGAAGCUGACACAAUGCCUAGUAGCACAUAUUAGGAGUGCUGAUAUUUGAGUUUAAGACUGAAUAGAGUUUCAAGGUGGUGAAUAAAGUUAGAAAGAGGCCCCCACUAGAAGAGCUGCAGAAAGCAGUUAAGAGUCUCUUAGAAGGCACUUGGACAGAAUGGGGCUGACAUAAAAAGAGGGAAGCUGUCAUCCUUUUAUAGGAGCCCUGGUGGUGCAGUGGUUAAGUGCUUAGCUGCUAACCAAAAUGUCGGCAGUUCAAACCCACCAGCCGCUCUGAGGGAGAAAGAUGUGGCAGUCUGCUUCCAUAAAGAUUGCAGCCUUGGAAACCCUCUGGAGCAGUUCUGUUCUGUCCUGUAGGGUCACUAUGAGUCAGAAUCGACUUGACGGCAGCAAGUUUUUGCCAUCCUUUGCUCCUAAGAAAGUAUAGGGAAGGUGAGAAUUUAUGCCAUGAAUCUGUUCCACACCUCGAAAUGGACAUUCACUUUUCCAGAUGAGGCUUUCUUUACAGUAAACCUCUCAGGUUUUGCAGUUUUCUUUCUUCUCCAGAUUUUGGGAGAUUAUGCCAAAACUCAGUAAGAGAUAAGAAAAACAGUAUUUUUACAGAAACACUAUCGUCCACAUGGGUGUAAUCAAAAUGACUUUUUGGUGUAAUGUUAAAGAUUAGUGUGUAGAAAAAUGGAAAAAAACAAAACCCUGAGUGUCAGUUACUGUGAAAUAGGCAUAUUUUCAGAUAUUGCCUUUUUGUACACUUGCUCCAAAACACGUUUGCUGCAUGUAAUUCAAGCUACUCUGAGCCCAGGGAGUUGAACAAAGAGGUCGUGGCAGCCAGUGAGAGCCAUGCUGUUUUUAUGAUGAUGGCAUUUUCAGCCUUCUAUUUGCAGUGCCAACUGAUGAACGUAGAUUCCACAAGAUUGACUUUCAUUCAGAGAGAUUAUUAACCUCCUGUGUUAGGCGUGAUUAACAAAUACUGGAUAAAAGCUAAUACAGGGAUGAAAAACUAAAUGUAAGAGUUUUAUUUCUUUGAACAGUUGGUGAACUAUAGUUUGCAGCUUGGACUUUGACAUACCAUUAGAAGUGAAAGCUUUGUGCCAAAGAUACUGACUCAAGUUUUUUUGGUUUCAUUGUUGAAGCAAUGAUGAAAACGUGUACCUGACAAGUCCUUAAUGUGAUUGCCGGAAUAUCAGGGUCUGUUACAGUCAUGAAUGAUGAAACAACAUUAUUCUAACAGAAUUCAGAUGUCGGCAAUUUAUGUUUUGUAAUUUAAAAAAUUAAGGAAUUUAGUUAUUCUCAAGGGAGUCCCAGUUCCACUCAAAAAAGUUGUUUAGAGCUUUGUUGCUGCAAAUAGCAAUCUAUUCAUAUCUCCCCUAAUGUAGAAAAUGACUAACCCAAGAAUUCAGGAAGUUUAAAAAUGACAUGUCAUAGUAAAUGCCAUUUUUGAGCUUUUGACUCCUGGGAUUCCAUAUAAUUAAGUGGCAGUGUUCUGCUAACUGCAGCAUAAACUGUCAUAAUCUGAAACUGCAGAUUUUACUCAAAGUAGUCUGCCAAUUAGUCUCAUAUAUGUACCAGGGGAGGCCUAAGAGGUUAUAGUUUAUAUGAGUAAAGAAUAUUUUGAAUUGUUCGUUAAACUUGUCCCUGUGGGGUUUCAGUAGGAAAGUGCCUUUGCUUUAACCAUAUUUAAAAAGCUAACUAACAACGAUCUUCGUGAGGAGUGUGUAUAGGUAUCUGUUGUGGGUUUGUAGAUUGGGAGAGCUAUUGAUCAAGCCCCAUCUGACUACGGGUGUUGUUUUAUAAUUGACUUCCUUCCUUGCAUUAACAAUCAAGGGAGGAGGAGGAUAGGAUAUAAAUACACAUUUGUGUAAACCUGAGAAUAUGCUGCAAUCUCUAGUUCCUUUGAAUACCUCAGGAGUACGUUGGUUGUAUUUGUACUUGUUUGUUUAAUGUUUCAAUUUUACUGGUUUUGAUACAUUCUCAUCAGCCUUAUGGGCAGUGAUUAUGUCUGCCUAAGGUGCAAUUUGGCAUUUAAUAAAUGCUUUUUUAUAAUGAUGGAGAUGAUUUUUUUUUUUUAAAUACUUAAGUGGUUUUUAGUAUAGUCAAUUGGAACUGUUAAGAUUGGCAGAUUGUGGUUUGGAUGAGUGAAUGAAUGAAGUGCCGUUUAAAUAAAUGGAGACGUAAGAUCACUUGUU